AUGUUCAAACGAGGAAUAAACGUACCCGAUAAAUACCAGGAAAGGGCAUUGGCAAGACGAAGGGGUGCAGGAUCUCACCAAACCCUGGCACGAAACUUUCAAAUAACCGUGUCCAAAGACACCAAUUCUGCGGAUUCUCACGCAACAUACGAAAAUUAUUCUUCGUACGAAGACUCCCAACCAAUUCCGACAAAACCCAACAGUCAUAUAAAUAGUAAUAACGAUAGAGACGUUGAAAAUGGUAAAAAUAAUAAACCGUUGUUUUUCCGAGUAUCCGACACCUCAAGUCAUAGCUCGAUUAUCGAAGAUAUCCUCAGAUCUUCUAAUUCUCCUGUUACUAGAUCUGAUAGCAAAGCAGCAGGCACACAAAAAAACUAUCAGCUCUCUUACUCCCGUCGCGAUUUAACUGUCAUCACACCACGCAGUCGUAUGUCAUCUAACACCUCUACCCCAGCAAAAGUAUCCACGUAUACUCCUAGUUUACCCUCAAAGAGUAAGAACACAGGGCAUAAGAGAGUUGUCACAAUCAAUAGCUCGGAAGACGAAUAUAUUGCUCCGUUGACGGAAAGUUUGCGGAAAGACAUUGGGAAAGGUAGAGGGAGAGGCAAAAGUAGUGAGGAAAAGGAUAACAGGAAAAGUCAGAGUAAAGUGACUAAACCGCGAGGAAGGGGAAAUGGGGUUGGUACGAGAAAGGGAAGGACAACAAGUAAAUCAACGGAAAACAAAAAUGGCAGAGUAAAGAUAGAGUGUCAUAAGAUAAAACGCGCAGCCGGAAAGGACGAGCAAGGAAACACAAUACAAAAAAGCAGUUGCGUUGCUUUGAAUGAGCUUGAUGUCAUUGCUGAUGGAAUUAGAAAGAUUAUUGAGGAAUAUCUAAAUGACAUCGAUAAUGAUCGGUUAAGAAAGGAUAUUAGCUUAUAUGAAAAAGAAGUGGAGCUCCGUCUACUAGAACAGACCGACUUAUCAGAUGACCGAGUAGCACUACAAAGUCGUCUCCGCAAGGCCAAAUCGAGAAAAGCUACCUUGCGCAAGGAGCUUUUGGCGAUGCAAAAAGAACGGGAGCAAGUACACGCGGAGCUUAGUAAACUCCGAGCGGAAUAUGAAGCUGAAGAGAAAGCGAGAAAGAAAUUAGAACAAGUUCAUAACUUUCUUACGGAAUUGGAACUGCUUCGAGAAUCUGUUGCUGCCGAGCAGAAAAAUGCAUUAGAUGUGGAAAGCCGUCAUGAAAAGGACGGUUUUGAAGCCAUUUUAUCGUCAGUCACAUCUCAUUGCAGCAGCUUGUCACUUUCACUUGCUCCUUCAGAAUUAAAUCAACAUGCUGAGGGUAAUCUUGCGGUUUUGAAGAGAUUUAAUGAUCUUCUUGAAGCAUGUGAUAGGGUUGUACGUGAGGGGGCUAUAAUGGAAAUUGGGGAUGAGGUUGGGUAG